CUAGCUAACAUCAUGCCUAAAAGUUCCUCACUACAAACAGACACAAAUGAUUACGGUGUGCACUUGGGCCUAACCAAGCUGCCUCAGGAAGAGAAUGUUCUCAGAGUGGGGCUCGAACCCAACUUUUACUAUCCACAGGAAGAUGUUUUGACUGAAUAUUGUCGCCCCAAGAAUGUUGGUGGAACAUUCUUAUGUCAGGCACCAUAUUGGGCGCUGCCCCGGAUGCUUCUAUGAGUCUCGCAUAUCCACUGCUCUCUACGCAACCAUUUGUGCAGAAAUCGAAGAACCUCUCACGUAUAAUGCGCUCCUGUUUCAUGGCAGUCACAUCUCUCCAUGAGUAGCGCACUAAUUACUGGUACGUUGAAUCCAGUAAACAACUGUUGAUGGGCAUUGCUGACUUGUGCAGGAUACAUGGCGGAGUGGGUAGCGCUGACUCUGGCCGCUGCCAAUGAAAAUUUCAAUAUUUGGCACAACCGCGUCUUCACCAGGGAAGCGUUCUGGCCAGGAAUUUCAGGGUGGUAUUUUAUCGACUGAGAAAUGAAAAAGAAAACCAGACAAGUCCGCAAUUUGCGGCGAAAUAAAGGCACCCUAUGUCCCUAGACCAGACGGAGCCGGAGGCGUCUUUUACCGAACAUUCACUUACUCCGACCGGGCUAAUCAGGAGAAAGUGUAACAAGAGUGGGUGUCACUUUAGGGUGUAGAACAAAGUGAUGCAAAUUAGUUACGGAUGUGCCUCUGAAAUCCGUUGUUUAAAAUAAACAACUGGAAAUGGGUUAUUUCUAGCAGGCGCCGUUUUGAACAUGGCUGUGGGGCUGAAGUCAUGCGUUCAUUUCAGCAUAAGGUCUGCCAUUUUC